GCAAUAGCAAGAUAAAUGAAAAAGCAAACAUUGUGUAAAAAAAAAAUGUCACAUAUCUACAUUUGAUCUCAUUUGAUUUAUUACCAAUUGUUUAUCGAUGUAUAAAAAAAAAUCUUAAAAAUUCCGUUUAUUAUGCCAUUCACAAAAGGAAAGAAGGACGAGAACAAAAAGAGUCAGCCAGUUUAGCCAUAUAGUGAAAUAAGCUAUUACUAUACAAUAACAUAAAAAAAAAAAAAGAACCUGCAACAAAGCCAUCACACCUACACGUCCCAAUCCCUUCAAGAAACAUCUCAUACCUUCCUAUUCUCACCUAUCAUCCUUAUCAUGAAUUUACCUUAUCUUUUAUAGCACCCGAUUCCACUUAUCUACCAUCUAGUGCAUGGCAAAAAUCGUGCUAGUACUGGAAGCAGUCAAGUGAGGUGAAGUGAGGUAAGCAAUGAGGCCUUCAGCCUCUUGGCGCCCUUGCACACAACCGACCACUGCUCCUCUAUCGCCUUACUAGGUGGGGCAUGACCCUCCCACAGGUGCUGAGAUCCUCUCACAGAACUCAGCCUGCUGGUCUGAGAUCCUCUCAUGAAACUCAGCCUGCACCUCCAAGAUCCUUCGAUGGAACUCAGCCUCCACCUCUGACACCUUCGCAACGAAGGCCUCGAGAACAGAACUAACACAACCAGACGACUCAGCAACACAAGGCGCCAUGUCUAUACUAGCCAGCUAUAUUAGUGUCAGCUCACUGCUCACUAAACACGUCCGUUCACUACGAACCCUGACCUGAGACUGAAAGAAUGUCCUUUGAACUGGAUCGCGAGACAAGACGGGACAUCCUACAACGCCUAACGUUUCUCCCAAUAUUACAGGAUGGAGGGGUUAGGAUACCACACGGAAGGGGGUGAAGGAGCCUUGGGGAUGCCUGAAGGAGUGAGGCCUGGAGGUGAACGAAAUGCAGAAAAUUCCUCUAAUACUGAAUGCUUCUCUGGUCAGACCAUCCUUCACUGAGUAUUUGGACCAAGGCUUCAAGAUAUGAGGUGAGCCAGGUGACCCCCAGAACAGCACCAUUCUGCCUACUUGUGGUGUGGCAGCCCUGAUCGUCCCCCUCCCUCCCUCUUCUUCCUCCUCCUUCCCCAGCAAAGAAGAGAUGUUGGAUCAGCUGGUGGACAGGGUCCGCUCCUUCAGCCGAGUACACGCGGGGGGCGUUGUAAUAAUGGUGGGUGCUGUGUUUGGCAUGGAGGAGGUAAACGGGGUGUUGGGGAAGUUAUCAAGGAGGUUACUGCCACCCCCACCCCUGCUACUGCCUGCCCACGGGGAAGCCCAGGCUGCCGCGCAUAUACAACUACUGGCAAAGGUGGUGGUGGGGGGGCGAAAGGGCGUAGUCUGGAGGGGGCUGGCUGGGUUAUGGAGGGGUUCCUGGCAUCCCUUCUCUCCCCCCACUCCCUCUCUCCCCCGUUGGUCUCUCUCUCCGGAACAAAGGGAUAGAUGAAGCAGGAGCACACGAUAAAACAACAUGGAGUAGGCUUAUCCCAAACAGCGAUCCCGUAUUCGUAAAAACAGGACGCUAGAUGAAAAAUGAGCAAUAUAAGAGAUAACAAUGAAGAGGAAACACAAAGGAACACAGAUGAAGAACAAAUGACAAACUCUGGAGGAGAAUAAGUCACGCUUUCAAGUAUCUCAGACCUACUCGAGGGGCCGGGGAGCUGCGAUGAACAGGCGAAGGUAUAAAUGGAGGGAGGAGGCGGGCCGCGCGGUUAGUUAGCUUGUGACUGUGGACGGGGAGAGUACGACAACUCCACUCCGUGCGCUCCCUCACUGAAACGUGCUCUCAUGCCCCCGCCGCGUCUAACCUCGAACACUCCUCCUGCGACCCCGCCAUCGACUUCUUGCGGGACCUCCCUCACGAUACGAGUUCUGCGAAGCGAGCCACUACUUCGUGUGUAAUCUCGAGCAUGAAGUGAGCCACGAACGAAGCCUGUGAACGAUCCCUGCGCCCCACUUGUCUCCAGCUCGGACUGUGUGCUUGUAAAGUUAUCUGGAGCGAUGGUGUCGGCGGCUUCAGGAAGUUAGCUCCCAUGUUGCGAAGGGAGAGGACGACCUGAGGUGUUACCAGGGAUCUGGGAAAAAAAAGCUACGACUGGGACGACAUCUACUACGAAGACUACCUCUACAACGACUUCGCCACGCACUUAGUAACCACACGAGGAUUUGCAUUUAGAAAAGCGAGCUCCGCCCUUUGAUCAUGGCUCCCUUGACAAACCACACCUGAUUUAUCACCGCCGCCUCUCCCGCCACGCAGAGUGAACCUCCAACCCCAGCGAUGGCGAGCUCCACGCUGAGCCUCAUCUACAGCAACAGACCGCAGCGGCUGACCCAGGUUGUGGCGACGCUGAUCGUGGCACUGGGACCACUGGCGACGGGUCUGGGCAAAGGUUACUCUUCCCCCGCCCUCGCCUCCAUGCAGCUGCCGGCCCCCACCAACAGCACGCAGUCUUACUACUUCACCAUCACUCCCGAGCAAGGGUCCUGGAUCGCUUCCCUAUCUCUACUCGGCGCUUUCUUCGGCGGCAUUCCCAGCGGCCUGGCGAUGCGACUGGGCAGGAAGAGUGUUCUGGCAAUGGUGUCCCUGCCCUUCGCUCUGUCGUGGCUCCUGACGGUGUUCGCCUCCAGCGUGUAUAUGGUGUACGCCUCCUCCUUCAUGUGCGGCAUCUGCUCGGCAAUCGUGUCGCUGGUCACGCCGGUGUACAUCAGCGAGAUCGCCCACCCGGAGAUCCGCGGAUGCCUCUGCUCGGUGGCCAAACUGACCACCAACGUGGGGAUGCUUAUGUCUUUCCUGCUUGGCGUGUACCUUGACUGGCGCCAACUGGCCAUGGUGGCGUCCAUCGCCCCGGCGCUGCUCUUCCUGGCGCUCAUGCUCAUCCCCGAGACACCGAGCUACCUGCUGUACCGCGGCCGCGAAGACGACGCCGCCACCUCGCUGACGUGGCUGCGAGGAGGCCUGGAUGUGACCCAGGAGCUGGACACCAUGAAGGCCAAUAUAGAGGUCAUGCGCAAGGACUCUGAGGUCACGUGUUACAGGGAGUGGCGCCGUGACCUGGUCAAGCCCGUCCUCAUCACCUGUGGCCUCAUGGUGUUCCAGAAAUUCAGCGGCGCCAACGCCUUCAACUUCUACGCGGUGCCGAUCCUGAGCGAGGCCUUCGUGGGCAUCAACCCGUAUAGCGCCGCCGUGGUGGUGGGCCUGCUGCAGAUCCUCGCCGGCAUGGUGUCGUCCGUGCUGAUCGACACCGUGGGUCGCCUGCCCCUGCUGAUUGUCUCUAACCUCCUCAUGUCCACGGCUCUGGCGGGUUUCGGCACCUUCCUGUAUGUCACGGGCAGCGAUAACGGCGUGGACGCUGGCGCCCGCAUGGAUUGGAUCCCCCUCACCUGCGCGCUCAUCUUCCAGGUGGCCUUUGCUCUGGGCAUCUCCCCCAUCUCCUGGAUCUACAUCGGCGAGCUGUUCCCCUUGAAGCACCGCGGACUUGGCGCCAUUGCGAAUUCCGUGAGUUACGCGUGUUCCUUCGCCAGCGUGAAGACCUUCGUCGACUUCCAGCUGCUGCUAGGGCUGUACGGGGCCUUCUGGCUGUACGCGGGCAUCUCCAUAAUUGGUCUGGUGUUCACAGUGUCCUUAGUGCCUGAGACUAAAGGGCGCGGUCUUCAGGAGAUGCAGGACUAUCAGACGCAGGAGAAGUACUCUCCGAUGUACAGCGAACAGGAAAAGGAGAACAAGUUGAUACCUUAAGUCUCUGUCUCUCGUGUGUGUUCAGGCGGACUGUGCCUUUGCAUUUCGGGUCCCCAGCGGGUCCUGAGUGGCCCUGCUGGGGUGCAUCACAAAGUGUUCUUCGUGGAGGACAUCGCUGGCGUGGCUUUGGGUAGGUGGAGAGCUGCAGCGCCACUGAUAAUCUGCCUGCCCAGUGCCUCCCACGCCCCGCUGCCCCAACUUGUCGUGCGUGUGUGCGUAUACGUGUAGUGUAUGCAUAGAGGUGUGUACAACUUUGGUAUACAUAGGCAGGAGAGAGUAUGUGAUUAUGUGUACGUUUGUGUUUGUGUAGACAAUUCAGUAUACUCAUUUUGUUCCUUCAGCCGUGAAGUGAUGAAGAAUGAUUUUUUAUUUUCUUAAAAACAACCCGUUUUUUUUUGACGGGUAUAAGAAUCAUUUGUAAUGUAUAGUUGUGUGUGUGUGUGUGUGUGUGUGUGUGUGUCUCAUUAUGUAUGUAAAUAAUGUAUAUAUUUACCAAAGCAAUGAUAAGAUCGUGUUAAUUUAUUAGACAGUAUUGUUAGUCUGUACAAAGAUGAACUGCCUUUCUACUAUAUUUCUCUAAAGUCUUUGUAAUGAUGCUUGAACAAAAAAUAAGACCGA